AUGGUGAGUGAAAUUUUGCCCUAUAAUUCGACGAGAGGCAUCCUACAGGCCAAAGCCAAAGUCGCAGCGCCAUCAUCUGGCGGAAAGGCCGCAAAAAAGAAGAAGUGGUCGAAGGGAAAGGUCAAGGAUAAGGCCGUCCACUCUGUUGUCCUCGACAAGGCCACCUACGACCGUAUCUUGAAGGAAGUCCCCACCUUCAAGUUCAUCAGCCAGAGCAUCCUCAUCGAACGUCUCAAAAUCAACGGCAGCCUGGCCCGCAUUGCUAUCAAGCAUUUGGAGAAUGAGGGUAGCAUUAAGCGCAUUGUGCACCACGGUGCUCAGCUCAUCUACACACGGUCAACAACAUCCGAUUAGAGAGUUUUCUUUGCGCUUUUUCCCAUCUUUUUGUGUCAUGUCUCUAUGCUUCACUAGGCAUAUGUAAUCCGAGCAAUCCAAUGAACCACACGCAUCGCAAAAGCC